UGAUUAUCUAUUAAAAAUGGGGCGAAAUGUCUGGUAAUGAGAUGGAAUUAGAAGAAAGUCAUACCAUGGAGAACGAUAACGCAAUGCACGAAGGAGACGACGAAAACAAGGAAAGUAUUGAAGCAAAAGAAGUUUACCUUCCUGGUAAGCCUCUUAAAGAAGGUGAUGAACUAGUUUGUGAUGAAACAGCAUACAUUAUGUUAUAUCAAGCCCAAACAGGAGCUCAUCUGGAACUCAAGCAUCUCAGACUGACAUCAACAGUCUCAUAAUCAUGAAAUUUUCGAAUUUACAUAAGACCAGUCGAAGUGACGAAGGAG